AUGAAUAUGGCUGUUUUUUGGGGCGGAUGGCUAAAACUUUGUGGGGGUUUUCGUUGUGCGUUUUUUGGUCGAACAUUGCGGCCUGAAUCUCGACGCUGCGGUUGGAGAGUGUGCAUUCUCGACUUCGCCUGGUAUCUACAUGAGGCAUUACCUGACGAACAUACUCCGGAAGCGCGAGAGCGGAUUAACCACUAUCAUUGA